CACUCAUCCGUCAGAGUUCCCGAAUUAUAUCAUAUAUUCCCCUGCAACUUUAAUCCAUUCUUUGCUUCACUUUACUUCUUCACUUGGGCUUCUUUUGUUUCCACUCUAACACUCAUCUCUCUCUCUCCAUUGUUGGGUUUGGGUUUGCUUCAGAUUCUUUAAUGGGUUUUCUGGGUAGUAAAGCUACGGCUGGGCGGCUUCUGCUUCUACUUAUAGCAGUUUCAGCUGCUACAGCUGAUGAAGAUGUAUUUAUUGGCGUGAACAUAGGAACAGAUCUGUCAGACAUGCCACACCCAACACAAGUAGUAGCCCUACUAAAAGCUCAGCAAAUUCGACAUGUCCGGUUAUAUGAUGCUGACCGUGGCAUGCUAGUUGCACUUGCAAAUACUGGCAUUCAAGUUAUGAUUUCUGUUCCUAAUGAACAAAUCCUUGGAAUUGGUCAAUCUAAUUCCACUGCAGCCAAUUGGGUAUCUCAGAAUGUGGUAGCACAUUACCCAGCCACAAACAUCACAGCCAUAGCUGUUGGGUCAGACGUUCUUACCACCCUCCCAAAUGCUGCAAAAAUUCUUGUCAAUGCUCUCAAGUACAUUCAAUCAGCCCUUGUGGCAUCCAAUCUUGACCGCCAAAUCAAAGUUUCAACUCCUCUUUCUUCCUCCAUUAUCCUUGAUUCCUUCCCACCUUCCCAAGCCUUCUUUAACCGUUCAUUGAAUCCAGUUUUGGUCCCCAUGCUUACUUUCUUGCAGUCCACAGGAUCGUUUCUCAUGCUCAAUAUAUACCCAUACUACGAUUACAUGCAAUCAAAUGGUGUCAUUCCAUUAGAUUAUGCACUCUUCAAGUCCCUCCCUCCAAACAAAGAAGCUGUUGAUUCCAAUACGCUUCUUCAUUACACUAAUGUUUUUGAUGCUGUGGUUGAUGCAGCAUAUUAUGCCAUGGCUUUUCUUAACUUCACUAACGUUCCGAUAAUAGUGACAGAAGAUACGAAACCUGGACCCAUCUCAGAGAAGAACUGGGGAUUGUUUGAUGCAAAUGGGACACCUAUCUACAUUUUGCGUUUGACAGGAUCAGGAGCAGUAUUAUCAAAUGAUACUACGAACCAAACUUUCUGUAUUACAAAGGAUGGCGCUGAUCCAAAGAUGCUUCAGGCUGCACUAGAUUGGGCUUGUGGACCUGGCAAGGUGGAUUGCUCAGCUUUAUUGCAGGGAGAACCAUGCUACGAACCUGAUAACGUGAUUGCACAUGCAACAUAUGCGUUUGAUACCUACUAUCAUAAGAUGGGGAAGACUCCGGCGGCAUGCGACUUCAAUGGAGUGGCUGCAAUUACCACAACAGAUCCAAGCCAUGGAUCCUGCAUAUUUCCAGGAAGUCUUGGCAAGAAUGGCACCUUGGUAAAUAUCACAGCUCCAUCAUUGAAUUCCACAAGUGUAGAUUCUUCCGCCUACAACCUUCACAGCAAUGCUUUUACAAGCAUUGUACUGAUAAUUGAAAUUUUCAUCAGCGUUGCAGUUUUCUUGUAGGCAGGUUAGUAUGUAUAUGUGGGUCUUGGAAGCUUUCAGAAAUUUUGAGAUAGAUGGUGCUCAGAGGGUGUGUUUCCCUUCACUAGGAGAAAAAGGGUCUACUUAGCAGGUAGUUUUAGGGAUUUGGUUGACUCAAUUUUGUAAAAAACAAAGCCGAAUGGCCUGAGCUUCAACUAUUAAUUCAUAUUCUUUUAAUUUGAAAGUUCUUUUGAAGUUCUACAUUGAA